UGGUAUGUACAUACUCUUUGGCUGACUUUGGCAGUAUCUGGCAGUAUUAAAAGGAAUCGGAAGGGAGGUUAGCUUUGACAGGUUCUUUACUUUCAUGUAUACACAAGCAGUGAAAAUGCCGGCUCAAAAGGAUUCAAAUAUUGUGAAAAUCGCUGUCGAAAUGACUGACCAAGUUCCAAAGCUUAUUGAGUUUAAUCAAAAGCAGCCAUUGACUGGAAUUAUUCAGGAAUUGUGUAAUGUUUGGGGACUGUCCGAUCCCGACUUAUAUUCACUUCAGUUUUCGGAAAAUAACAAUCAGAAUUACAUAACUGAAAAGAAUCGAAAUGAGGUGAAAAAUGGCAGUGUACUCAGAUUGGAACAUUCACCAUCUAAGACAGCAAGCGAUAUAUUAGAUAAGUUAAAUAAUGGGAAUACCGAUGAAAAAGUAGUGGGUCUUCAAAAACUCAGCACUCUCAGUAUCGACAUGACCUUCGCACUUGAGUUCAUUAAUAAACAAGGGUUGGCUGUGAUUAUUGCUCAGAUAGAAGGUGGGAAACACAAGAACGUAGCGUUGGCGCAUUCGUUGCAAUCGUUUGUUGAGCUCAUGGAUCAUGGGAUAGUUUCGUGGGAUAUCCUGGAAACACCAUUUAUUAACAAGGUUGCCAGUUACGUUAACAAUCAAUCGAUAACUCAGGAUUCCAAUGUGAUCGAAGCAUCGUUAAGCAUUCUCGAAAACAUCGUUUUGAACUCAUCUGGCAAAUACGAACAAGUCGAAAAGGAUGUUACGUUUCAGAAUCUUGUAAUGCAUCUACAAAGUAUGAGUCCGCAGAUUCAACAAAAUGCGAUAGCCCUAAUUAACGCUCUGUUUUUAAAAGCUGAUCCAAUUAAACGAAGGGCUAUAGCGACUACUUUGCAAUCGAAGCAGGUCAGAAAUGUUUUUUUGACCAAUGUCAUCCAGUCUACGGGAAAGGUGGGUACAGAAAUGGCACAUCAGUUACACGUCCUACAGACCCUGGUUCUCGGCUUGUUGGAGCAAAGAAUGACCACUAAGAUGGAUCCUCAGGAUCAAGAUGCUCACGAUAAGAUCAAAGAACUGCGUCGGAUUGCCUUCGAUACCGAAGGUACUACUAGCGGCGACGUAACCGCACGAAAGCAAGGCUUGUUUGCUAAGGAUUACAAGAAACUCGGCUUCAAGUACGACAUCAAUCCUGCCCUUGAUUUUACGGAAACACCGCCUGGUAUGCUUGCUCUUGAUUGCAUGGUGUACUUUGCGCGUAAUCAUACGGAAAGUUACACCAAGGUCGUUUUGGAAAAUUCCUGCAGAGCAGAUGAACACGAAUGUCCCUUUGGCAGAACCAGUGUCGAGCUCGUGAAAUUACUAUGUGAGGUGUUAAGAAUUGGAGAAGCACCAAGCGAACAGGGUCAGUCUUAUCACCCGAUGUUCUUCACGCAUGACCACCCAUUUGAAGAAUUUUACUGCGUCUGCAUAGUUUUGCUAAACAAAACUUGGAAAGAGAUGCGGGCAACAACCGAAGACUUCGUUAAGGUGUUUUCGGUGGUUCGCGAACAAAUCACCAGGGCACUUCAGUGCAAACCCACUGGUCUCGAUAAAUUUAAGAAUAAACUGCAGCAAUUGACUUAUCCGACUAUCACUAACUUAUGGCAGCAGGAAAGAACAAGUAGAGAAGAAUGGGAAAGCCAUGCCAGACCAAUCGUUGAACUUCGAGAACAGAUCACUCCUGAAAUUCUCGAACUGAUACAACAACAAAGACUUGGUUUCUUAGUCGAAGGAACUAGAUUUACAAAGUACAGUGCGAGAGGCCAGCGAAUCAAGGACAAAUUUUGGUACGUUCGCCUAUCUCCAAAUCAUAAAGUUUUCCACUACGGAGAUUGCGACGAAAAAUCUAUACCAACAAUCGAUGAGCUGCCAACCAAAUUGGCAGUGGUUGAAAUCCGUGGAUUAUUCACUGGCAGAGACUGUCCUCACAUGAAGGAUUUGCAAAGACGAAAAACCACUCAUCAGUUGGCAUUCUCUCUAGCUUUGGAUUCAGUGGAGGUUUCUAGCUUGGAUUUCGUUGCCCCAGAUGAGCAGGUUUUUGAUUAUUGGAUUGACGGGAUAAAUGCAUUGCUUGGAAAUCGAAUGACGAGCAAGGAAACUGAAAAUGAUUUGGAAACGCUACUAUCAAUGGACAUUAAGUUGCGACUGUUGGAUGCCGAAGGAAUCGAUAUACCUCAAGAUCCACCUCCGAUACCAAAUCCACCACCCAAUUAUGACUUUUGUUACGAACUAAAAUAAUAUUUAUUACUGCGAGGUUAUAAUUUAAUAUAAUACAUGCGAUAUAUGCUAUACAACUGUUAGUUUACAUAUGUUAUAAACACAAAAUGUAUGAUUUUUAUACGACGAUAAUAAUUAUGUUGAAAACAUUAGUAUCUUAAGCAAGAUUUAAUGUCCAGAUGUCAAAACGGUAUCGUACAUUUUACCAAGAUAUUUUUUACAGUUUUAUAUGCGCGGUAUAAGAAAUCAUUGAGUUUGAAACACUUUUUAGAAGAACAAGUAUUACUGUAUUUUUAUAAUUACACUUAUAAUCCGUAACUUUGAAUGACAAUAGGAAGGCAAAAAUAAAAAUCUGAAGUAAUGAAUAUGCAAAUACAAAUUUGGAAUCAUUAGGGUGACCCGCAAUAAAAGGAGGAGAGGUUUUAGCCGAUAGGUCUGCCAUGCAAUGUUUUUUGUUAAAGAAAUUUCUUAGCUUCCGCAAAAUUUAUUGUGGAAGGAUCAUCAGUGUUUCAACCUAAAUGAUGGGCAAGUUAAUAUAAAGUGAAAAUGAUUACGUGAUAAAAAUUUCAUCUACAAAAUUGAUCCCAAGAAUUCAAAAUAUAAAUGAAAGUUAUAUUAUUUAUUUAAUAAAACAUUGCAUUUAACUCAAA